CCCAAGCGGAAGGGUGCGAGUGGUGCGGUUUGGUCUUGGAGCUGGACCCGCGGCCGGAAGUCUCCCGAGCUGCGUGCCGAUUCGUGCCUGGCCCCGGCACAGCCUCCGCAGUCGGCCUGGAAGUCAGUUUUGCCAAAAUAAUACAAAGGCGCGUCAGCAGAUCCUGACACUGAAAUUGUCGUUUUAAAUUAGCACCAGCAGAUCGCUUUCCCUGAAAUCCCGUCAGUCAGAGUUCCCGGCCACAGUUUCCUGCUUGUAAUACAAGCUGUCAUUCUGCGCAUGCUCCCUGAGCCUCACCGCGAUCCCUUGAAAUGUCAUCAACAGGAAAGACUCUCGGAACUGUAACGCCAAGAAAACCUGUCUUAUCUGUCAGUGCAAGAAAAAUUAAGGACAAUGCGGCCGACUGGCAUAAUUUAAUCCUGAAAUGGGAAACCCUCAACGAUGGAGGUUUUGCUACUGCAAACAGUAUUGCCAACUUGAAAAUCAGUUUGUUGAGCAGAGACAAGAUAGAAUUAGAGAGCAGCGGCCUGGCUGCCGACGACCCUGCAGAAAAGGAGCACCCGGAAUACAGCAGGGAGCUGGAGGCACUAUGCGAGGAGCUGCAGGCCACCCUGGAAGGCUUGACCAAAAUACAGAUGAAGAUGGAAAAGCUGUCUUCAACCACCAAGGGCGUUUGUGAACUAGAAGAUUACCAUUAUGGGGAUGAGAGAAAACGCCCCCCCCUCUUCCACACGUGGCCCACAGCCCAUUUUUAUGAGGUCUCCCGCAAGCUCGCCGACAUGUACGGCCAGGAGCUCCGCCUGAAGCGCAUGGUGGUGGAGCAGCUGGCACAUGCAACCGACCGUGACCUCGCCCUCAGCUACCUGUCCAUGUGGCUGCACCAGCCUUACCUGGAGGGCAGCUGCAGGCUGCUUCUGGAGAGCAUGCUGCUGGAGACGGGGCACCGCACGCUGUGACCUCCCCCACCCCCCGGCGGACACUUUCGGGGGUCGCUGGGCGGCUCCCCGGGACCACGCCCCCGGCUGCACCCCGCAAUCAGGCCGUGCUUGGUCCUCCCACCCGCGCUCUGCGGCCUCUCCAGCCACACCGACUUCUGCCGCCUGCUGUCCCCUUGCCUGCACCUGCUGUGAAUGUGGCAUCUGUGAAGACUUCUGCAUGAAAUAAAUGAGUGCCUCAACUAAA